GCAUUUGACCCCGCAACGCAUCCCCCACGUCUUUCAAGAGCAAGCAAGCUUCAAGCUAACUUCAAACUUUUGAGUUCAAACGAGGUGUCUCUACCGUCAAUUUGCCAGCGAACAUAGCUAUCGAGAGUUAUAGAAAGGAUACCAAGAAUGACUACCUCGUUUCAUGCGCGUAGUUCCGUUCACCGACUGGGAUACUAUUUUUCCCAUAUGACACGGUUUACGCUCAACGGGAGUCGCGCAGCAUCAGGGUAUGUGAAAUAUAACCAUGAAGAUCCGUUGAACUUGGAAUCUCUACUAACGGAAGAGGAGAUUGCCAUACGUAAUACUGCUCGCGAGUACUGCCAGGAGAAUCUCGCUCCCCGUGUGCUGGAAGGUUGGCGGACAGAAAAAUUCAAUCAUGACAUUCUCCCUGAAAUGGGUAAACUGGGGCUGCUUGGACCGACAAUUAAGGGCUAUGACUGUGCUGGAGUGAGCAACGUGGCGUAUGGCCUCAUUGCUAGAGAAAUUGAGCGCGUCGACUCUGGCUACCGGUCGACAGCAUCUGUCCAAUCAUCGCUUGUUAUGCACCCCAUCAAUGAGUUUGGUACUGAAGCACAGAGGGAGAAGUAUCUUCCUCGGUUAGCUAAGGGAGAAAUUGUUGGCUGUUUUGGACUGACCGAAGCAAAUCAUGGUUCAGACCCAGCUGGCAUGGAGACAACUGCUGAAGAAACUGAUGGUGGUUUCGUUCUCAAUGGAAGCAAGACUUGGAUAUCAAAUGCACCUGUGGCUGACAUUUUUGUCGUCUGGGCUCGCUGCAAAUGGGAUGGCAAGGUCCGAGGCUUCGUUCUCGAGAAGGGUCUGAAAGGUUUGGAAGCGCCAGCCAUUAAGAAUAAGCUUGCACUUCGGGCGUCGUUGACCGGCUCCAUCUUCAUGGACUCUGUUAGAUUAGGGCACGAUGCAUUGCUCCCGCAUGGACAAGGUCUUAGUGCCCCUUUCUCCUGUCUCAAUAGUGCCCGGUAUGGCAUUUCAUGGGGUGUAAUGGGGGCUCUCGAGGAUUGUAUCGAAAAAACCCUCGCGUAUGCACUUGAGCGCAAGCAAUUUAAGCGACCGUUGGCAUCUUUCCAGCUCGUCCAGAAGAAGCUCGUAGACGCGCAAACUGAGGUGGCUCUCGGCUUGCAGGCUAGCCUUCAGGUUGGCAGACUGAAGGACGCAAAUAAGCUGGCCGCCGAAAUGGUUAGUAUGGUGAAGCGUAAUAACUGUGGAAAGGCUCUCCAACAAUGCCGAAUCAUUUUGGAUAUUCUCGGAGGAAAUGCAUCAUCAGAUGAGUAUGAUAUACACGGGCUCAUCCUUGGAAAGGCAAUGACUGGCAUUCAAGCAUUUGCUAAUUAAUCCCAUCGAUAUAUUUAUUGCAACAUAUGCUCAGAAUUCAAUGAAGGACUUCACAUCUUAUCUCUUUGGAAGCAUUGUCAAAUGCAUGAGCCUGCUUAUUAUUCACAAAGUGCCGAUGGUAGUGCACAAGCCAAACUUUGACAUUGUGUAUUGUGGUGGAUUCAGCCGCGCCGCUAGCCUUUGAGCGGUUUGAUCCUACCUGCGUGACUGCUAACCUCUGCCGAGUCCUGACCUUUGGUUUCUCUUAAAUGUUACUCGAAUUUUGACAUUUGCAGUCG